AUCGGGAAGGUGUCAGUAGUGAAUACAGUGUGUUAAGUGCGUUAAGUGUUUUUAAGUGAUUCCGUCAAACUGUACGCGUCGUCGGGAGAAAUGUUGACGAUGGAAACGGACCUCAAAGGAGGCAGUUUACACGCCACGAUGCCUCCGCAUCACGGUCUCCAAGGUUAUAGUUCGUUAAACGCUUUAGGACAACCUUCGAUGCACCAAUUGAGCCACCAACAUCCGCACCAAAUCCACCACCAGCCGCAAUUGCAUCAGCCGCAACAGCAAAAUCACCAUCAGCAAUCCGGUACGGGCCACAAUCAAACUAAUAACAAUAAUAAUACGACCAAAGCUCAAAAUAUGGAACGCGUCAAGCGUCCGAUGAACGCCUUUAUGGUGUGGUCGCGCGGCCAACGCAGAAAGAUGGCUCAGGAAAAUCCGAAAAUGCACAAUUCGGAAAUUUCGAAAAGGCUCGGAGCCGAGUGGAAGUUAUUAAGUGAAUCCGAAAAAAGACCGUUCAUCGACGAAGCUAAAAGGCUGCGCGCCGUGCACAUGAAAGAACACCCAGACUACAAAUAUCGUCCCAGAAGGAAAACAAAAACUUUAUUAAAAAAAGAUAAGUAUCCGUUGGGAAGUUCGAGUUUGUUACCAACAUCUGCCGAUGGAACGAGAACGACAGCAUCUGCUGUUCAACAAGUGACCGCUAGAGAUAUGUACCAGAUGCCUAACGGUUACAUGCCCAAUGGUUACAUGAUGCACGAUCCCACCUCAUAUCAACAACAAUACGGUGGUGCUAACUAUGCCAGAUACGACAUGGGCCAAAUGCAACACCAAGCGUACAUGAACGGCGGCUACGGAACUUACGGCACGACGGCCUUACCUCAAGGCUCGCCCUACGGCAUCCAGCAAGCCAGUUCGUCGCAUAGUCCCUCAGGAUCCAGCAUAAAAUCAGAACCAGUGUCGCCUAGUUCAGGAUUACAUACGCCUACUCCAGGCGGCGGCAUUAAACGCGAAUACGUCGGCGGACAACCGACUCAGCAGCAACAAGGUGACCUCAGACAAAUGAUCAGCAUGUACCUGCCUACCGACGGUUCUCAGCACAUACAGCACCAUCAGUACAGUGCGUCGCCGGAUCCCAUGGGUCCAACGGGACCUUUGGCACCUUUGACGCACAUGUGAGAACCGCUAUUCGCGGCACAGGAACUCGAAAUGCCGCAUAUUUGAGGCGAAAAUGUGAUGUAAAUUUUUUUUGGACGUUUGUAUAUAGUUUAUUGUAUUAUUUUUUCUUUCUUUAUUUUAAUUAAUUCUUUUAUCGGUUCAUUUCGAAAACCGCUACCAGUAUUUCUCCGAUAAUAAUUUUUCUAAUCGAAGAGAGGAUUAUAAGGUCUUCUAUGGGGGCAACAAAUACCAUGUAAGUCUGGAUUUUUCAAUAUAUUUGUAGUUGUUGCUUAAUGAUUGAUUUUUUGUAUAUUGCUCAAAGCUUUUUUUAAAAAUAAUUUUCCUAUUUGCGCAAUACUGUCACACUAUUCAAUUAAUUGAACGCACAAAUAAUGUCUGCCGUCAUCAGUUUGAUUUCAAGAAAUAAACUUCAAAGUUGCAAUUUAUUAUUUCAAGGUAUUUCAUUUCAAGCCAGGUAGAUGAGAAAGGUGUAAAGUCAUCAGUGGACACAUAUACUUUGGACCUAAAAAACAUAAAUGUUAUUGGUCUGGGGAACAGAUGAUUAGGUACCAAUAUUAGGGUAUCAAUGUCAGGUAAACGCUUAUAGUCUAUUUCAUUGCAGUCGAUAGCUCAAAUCCAGGGAUAGGGCUACCUAUAUAAAGUGAUUGUAAAACCAUUGGGUUUACAAUGACUUUAUGGUCCUAAACCUCGAUUUGAGCUAUCAGCUUCAGAGAAAUAGACUAUAGAAGGGCGAGAAACUAAGGAAACUUAAACGACUUUGGCCAAUUCGAAGUAUUUUUUUUAAAUUCUCUUUUAUUAGUCAUUAAUACCCUUAAUUUUUUAAUUCCUUAGUUUUUUACCCGUUUGAAUGUGAUACUUGGAAUUGAUAUCCUCUGAUAAUGAAAAUUUUCUGUGCAAUUUUUCUACAAAGUCAAACACAGUUCAUUUUCACUAUAACUCAUAUUGAGCAAGUAAUAAGACAUCAAAACAUGAACUUAUUUAUCAAAAUCGUAAAUUGUGAUUUUCUUUUAUAAUAUUUUUUUAGCCAUACCUACCUUAACUAUCAGAGUUUUUGACCCUUAUACCUUAUAAAUAGCUGUACUAAAUUAAUACUAAAAUAGGCGCUCAAGGACUUUAUUCUCGAAACAGGGCAGCAGCGUUCUCAUGAGACCGAAGGUUCUGUCUUCGUCAUCCGUAUUCAUAUUGUCAUAACACUGACAAUGACAGAGCAAUCGUUCUCAUGAGAACGGUGUUCCUAGGUUUUGAGAAUAAAGUCGCAGGUUAGGUGAACUAAUAAACACAUAAUUUGCUCAGUGUAAUGAAAAUCUGGUUCUGUUUUGCAAUUAAUUUUCUAAAGUAAUUUCCAUGUUUUUUUUAAAUCAAAAUCUGCAUUUAUAUUCCCAUUAUCUUCAUUCUUUUGUUAUACUUUUUCAAUCAUUUUU